GCAUCAGAACUGGCCACUUAUAUCCAGCUGAACCACGAUCUCAGUUGCCGAGCAACACAGGUGGAGACCGUUGAAGAAGGCGUGAACUCUCAAAGUCCCAUAGCAGCUGAAUUCUGGAAGAUUCUUGGAGGACCAGGCAGCUACCAACCGGCCGGGUCUCCAGAAGAGGACGAGAAGUUUGAAAGCGCAGUUGUGGAGACGAACUGCAUCUUUCGUCUGGUGGAUGAUAAACUGCUUCCCGAUGAUGAUUUCUGGGGAAAAGUGCCUCGCACUUCCCUGCUGGGCUCUAAAGAGGUGCUUGUGUUUGACUUUGGUAGUGAAGUUUACGUCUGGCACGGUAAAGAGGUGACGCUUGCACAGAGGAAGGUGGCGUUUCAGCUGGCCAAACAUCUUUGGAAUGGCACCUUCGAUUAUACCAACUGUGACAUCAACCCGCUGGACCCUGGAGGACACAACACUCUCAUACCAAGGAAAGGUCAAGGACGGCCUGACUGGGCCAUAUUUGGUCGUCUGACUGAACAUAAUGAAACAAGUCUUUUUAAAGAGAAGUUUCUGGACUGGAAAGAUGCUUCUAGACUGUCACCAAAUACAGUCAUGGAGCAGCUCGUUCAGAUAAAGGUGAGCAGAUGAACUUCUGUGUCAGUU